GAUGAUGAAGAAAUUGAGUUCUAAACCCUCAAGCAUUAUCAAAAACUUCAUAGCAAUGGAAUCGAUUAUGGAAAAAUUUAUCCCUUUAUAUUUAGGUUUUGAGAAUAAUGUUCGCAUGAUAGGGAUUUAUGGUAUGGGGGGAUUGGGAAAAACAACUCUUGCUAGAGUUGUUUACGAUGAAUUUCGUAGUCAUUUUGAAGGUUCUAGCUUUAUUGCUAAUGUUAGGGAAUAUUCAAAAAAACACGGUUUGCCUCAAUUACAACAGCAGCUUCUUGCAGACAUUUUGGAGAACCGAAAUAUAUAUGUAAGGAAUGUUUAUGAUGGAGUUGACUUGAUUAAGGAAAGGUUGCAUUGUAAAAAAAUUUUACUUGUUAUAGAUGAUGUUGACCAUUUGGACCAAUUAACAAAUUUGGCAGGAGAACAAGACUGGUUUGGAUUGGGGAGUUGGAUCAUCAUAACAACUAGAGAUGAACAUGUGUUGAAACUACAUGGAGUGCUUAAUAGAUACAAUCCUAAUGGAUUAAAUAAUGAUGAUGCUUUAAAACUUUUUUGUUUGAAAGCCUUCAAAAAUGAGCAGCCCGAAAAAGGUUAUAUGCAACUCUCCCAAGCAGUUGUCAAAUAUGCUAGUGGCCUUCCAUUAGCUCUUAUUACUUUAGGUUCCUUUUUGUUUGGAAGAACAAUAGUUGAGUGGUAAAGUGCAUUAUACAGCUUUAAAGAUAC